AUGACUAACACAGCUACUGUUUCUACCACUGAACGAAUCUUCAUCAUUGGGUCAACUGGAACGAUUGGAUCCAAGACUGUCCAAGACCUCCUUGCCAAUCAAGUUCCUGUCACCGUGUAUGCUCGCAAUCCUUCCAAAGUGGCCACCAUGUUUCCUCAAGCUAACAACGAUCUUCUCAAGGUUGUCCAAGGUGAUUUCGAGGACUUGAGUCCAAUCAAAGAAGCUGUCAAAGGACACACUCGUCUCUAUCUCAUCGCUUCUGAUAUGUCUACUUAUGCUCAAGUCAAGAAAACUAUUGCUACUUAUGCUUAUGCUGCUGGUGUCAAGCAAAUUGUCGAUAUUUCAUCCUCCUAUAUCGAUCAUGGCUGGAGAACCACUGCUAUCGGUCAAAUGAGCUAUCUCGCUGAAGCAGGCAUGUUUGAUAUUCCUAAUCGUGGCUAUUUGGUGACUCUUCGUCCUACUCGCUUUAUGGGCAACUUGCUGGGACAAAUGAGCAGACAUGUCAAUCAAGGUGUUUUCAACAAUGUGCCCAAGGACUUUGAACAAGGAUGGGCUUCCAACAAUGACAUUGGUGCUCUGGCUGCUGUUAUUCUGCAAGAGGAUAUCCACAAGCACAAAGAUGCGGUAUACAAUAUGACCAGCGAUGUUUGCACGCCUGCUCAAUUCACGGCUAUCCUGUCAAAGAUUGUCGGUAAAGAUCUGCCUUAUCAUCAAAUCACGGACGUCCAAAUGUACAAUGCACUUAUACAAGCCAACAUCUUUUCUCAUCCUGUUGCUCUGGAAUUCAUUGAUUAUCGCAACGAGAAAUCUGCCAGUGUUACUCCUUGUAUCGAAAUCAUGCUUGGUAGAACACCCGAGACUUUGGUGCAAUUCCUCAAUGCCAACAAGGAUAAAAUCAUGCAACACUUGAAGAACUAG